AUGGUGACAACAACGGCACUGCUUCGCCGCAAAGAUUUUGCCCCGCACUCGUGUUUGUUGGAAUUGACGGCCGUCCACGACGCCGAUGUGGCACAACUCAAGGCGACGUUGACGGGUCGAGCCAGUACGUCGUUAGAAGAAGUCAAAUUGGAUUUGUCGGGACUCUUUCAACAGAAUCAUCGCAAUAAGAAACUCCGCAAACUCUUCAAGGCAUUGGGCGAUUUGCCGCAUCUCAAGACACUGCGAUUUCACUAUGGCAUGAUGGAACGAUUGCCCAUUCCACUACUGACUAUUGCCUUGUCGUUGUCGACCGAAAAAUUGGAAAUUCUGGAACUCAAUCAAGUCAAUUUGACGGGGACACCACCCGAAUUUGAAGUGUUCUGGGAGACAUUGCGACGACACGCAUCCUUGCAAGUCUUUUCCUUUUCUUCCAGUGGUUGUUCCAGUGCGGGUUCCGUCAAUCAGCUAUUGCGGGCAUUGGCCGAAACUCCCAAAUUGGAAAAGGUCGUGCUCUACUCGCACGAUGGAAAGUGCCCCUGGGGACGACUCGAAGGAACCGCGGUGGAAAGUUUGUGUCGAUCAGAGACACUCCAAGAUUUGCAGCAUUUGGUACUCUACGAUUCCAGUGAUGCCAUUCACAACUUUUUUACAGAUGAACACACAUCUGCCAUGGCCAGAGCAUUGUCCAAUAACAAUCCACAACCACUACAACAACCACUACAACAAAAUAAUAUUCAAAGUCAAUUGGAAGAAGUCAUGAUUUCCUGUUGGCCAUUGGGGAGACAAGGAGUCGAUGCCCUUUGUCAAAUGCUACGCACCAACACGAGUCUCCUAAAAUGUACGAUGGUCGUUUACGAAUUGGGACACGACAAUAAUACACAGGAAACCUGCACCAUGCCCGAACUGGCCACCGCACUUCAAUCCAACACGACCUUGCAAUCGUUUGAAAUUCACGGCAGCACGGAAUUGGGAAAAUGGCUGGAAGAAGCCUUUCUCAUCAUGAUGCAAUCCAACUACACACUCACCACACUCAAACUAUGUCAAGACGAAGCCCUCUUUCUCCGACCGUUUCUACAAUUCUAUCUCGCGUUGAACAAAGCCGGACGAAAGUUGUUGGAUCAAAAUGCCACACGCGAGGAUUGGGUGUCCGCGUUGAUUCGAGUCCGACAGGAUCUGUCUUGUAUUUUCUAUUUCUUGAGUACGAAUCCGUUGCUCUGUAGUAACAGAUAA